GCUAGCCCCAACAGACUUCGUGUUUAGCAAGAUUUGCCUUUACAGUUCAAACAGUGGCGACUCGGUAACUCUGUGACACGUCGUACAAACAAGCAACAAACCAAAGCAACCAUGGGAAAUCAAGUCGGCACCAUGGAGAUUCAGUUGGAGGGAGAGCGACCCGGUGGAAGAGUGAAGCACUUUCAAGCAGGGUCUGAUAUACGUGGCCGAAUUGUUGCCGAGUUGACCUCACAAACCGCAAUGCAUUUCCAGGGCAAUCUCAUUUUACAUUUCUUUGGAGAGGAACGUUCCAUUAUUCAGGACAGUACCAGCGGCGCAACUGCUGUUGGGUGGCGGAGGUUGUGCGAGACCAGAGUCUCCCUUUGGCCUGAGGGGAUGGGACGUCAACGACGAGCAAAUCGACAGCUUUACUUUGUGGUUCCCUUUCAGGUGGAAACAUCACGGGCACUCCCCUCCUCGUUUCGGGAACACCAAAGUGGUUUAGGGUCGGAAUACCAGUCCAGAAAUGGUUGCUCUAUUACUUACCACUUGAGGGUCCUUCAAGAUGGAAAGAUCCUGUCUCAGAGAACUGUACUGGGACGAGGCUGUCCCAAGCCUCAAGAAAUCAUCCCUGCAAGGAUAUCGCCACAGUUGCAUCACGUUAGUGGGUUCUUAGGCCUGAAGAGCGGAUCUCUUCGCAUCGCCGCCCGAAUUCCAGAUGUCCAUAUAGGACGAGGCAAAGCCCUGCAACUAUUUAUUGCCUGUACCAAUCGAAGUGGAGUCAAUAUUCAAUCCGUUCAAAUCAAACUCAAGGAAGUCGUCUCGUGGAGAGCCACCCUACAUGUACCAUCUGAAAACCGUGCCAAAGAAAAGAAAGUCAAAAUCACUCGCCUCCAUAUGAACAAUAUCGAUCUGCCAGGUAUCCAGAAGCAGUCUCGUAACUCCAUGCCGUCUCUCGACAUUGUUGAUGAGCUCUACCAGCUUUUGCAGCAAGAAGAAAAUAGGGAAAUUGUAUUGGUCCCAAAAAUAUGUCGUGAAAGCUACAAGAGAGGCAAGGUACUCACUAUAUCACACUACUUGUCUAUCACGUUUGUUUGUGCAGGGCAAAACGCCAAGAUCAAAAUCCCAGUGACAAUAGCUGACGAAAUGCAACCAGGACACUGGAAUCCUCCUCACACUCCCCCCACAGCCAUUGCGACUGUCGCUCCAUCGAGAAACCGUCCUACUGCAGCGGUCAGUGCACCACCCACGGCGGUAGCCACUGCCAUUCAUGCUGGACAGCAAGGGACAUCGUCACUCAACAUUCUUCAAGCAACUGCAGUCUCAUCUGAUCCAAGGGCUUCUGCACCUCCUGCGCUUGCCACAGCCCUAUCCGCUGAAUCCAUUGACUCUGAAGUACCAUUGGCACAGGUUGUGUUGAUGCCGAACGAUACUGACUCCUUUCGAGCACCAUUGGUAACAGCUCCCCUCACGGCUAUGAGACUGGGAGGAGAUGUAGUGGUGUUGGAAAACUAUUCCAGUGAUGCCGAUAGUCAGGUCGGUGACUCUGACGCUGAAGAAUCUUCCACGGAUGUCUCAUGGGAAGGGUUAAGGAGAGAACUCCAUCGUUCCCUGGAAGACUACACAUUACUGGUACAAAAAGCAAGCGACCCACAAUGGAUCCCUUUUCUUGCCUCUCUCACACCCCAACAAUACGCCACUGUGAUUCUGCUAACCGACAUUGAACCCGAUCAAAUCAAAGUGGCUGAGCUGCUGGCUCGACACAUCAAAACCCACAACCACAACACGGUGUUUACAUGUGAGCAUGUAAUUGCAGGUUUUGAAAGCGUAGCGCGAUGGGCUCGAACCAACACUUUGGAACGUACACUGCCAUAUUGUGACCCUCAAGAUGUGGUGCGAAAUGGGGACUCCAUACGCAAUCUGCUGACAGAUUUCGAGCUGCGAGUUACAAGGGACAUCCUUCGGGAUCUUCAUAUCAGUGAUGACGUUGUCAACGAGCAGAACAACGUAGAGUGUUAAGAGAAGAGUACAACAAGGAGUGCCAGCUAGCCACUACAUGUAUAGAAAGCGACCUCAAAAUCAUGAGCCUUUGGAUGCCAUUUCAAAUUGUGCGCUGUCUGUACAUGUCUGAGAGGAGGCAGAGUUAAAUAAUAUCCUGGGCCUGGUGCAGUACUGGUCGGUACGAUGAAGACGUCACUGCCAGUGGUAAUUAUUUUGCUGGAACGUUCACAACGAAGGUGCUCACCUUUGGAUGGAGAAUCCUGAUUUGUUGGCAACAUGGAGCUCGUCCAAAGGAACAUGUUGAAGCCUUUAUUCAAGAGUGGAGGAUCCUUGGGUGGAACCCAACCGACAAUUCGCCCGUGCAAUAAGAUACUGACCUGGUACUCUGAGUUUCCCUUCUACUACCGGUACCAGAACUUCUACCGGUACUUUGUCCCGCGAACACACACAGCAGUUCUGCAAUGAAAGCAAUCAUCCUUCCAUGCUGGAUCCAUUGUUUUGCAACGUGGAGCUGUUGGCCCAUCUCUUUCCAGUUGUUUCUCACAAUGCCAUAAUAAGCAAUCAUGACAUCGUCGUGGCCAUGGAUGAGGGUGUAGAGGAGGCGGUAGCAGAUCCCAUUCCUCCCGUUGACAAGCAUGACAAACGUCCAGCUGUGAAAGACUUGAUAGCAGAGCACCGCGAAAAGAUUGACGAGGUAAGCGAAGGCUUGAAAGACGACCCGCUUUAUGAUUCGACGAAACACGACGACUUGUGGGUUGUCCGGUUCCUCAUGAGCCACAGAGGAUCCGCCAAGAAGGCUCUCAAAGCGGCACAAGGUACCUUGUUGUUCCGAAAAGAGCAUAACCUUGGCACAGAAGAUAUACGUCCAUUCGAUCUAGAUCGCAAGAGGUGCAAAUCUGACGCCUUGAAACGAUAUCUAGCACAUGCCAAGGGCGAUUUUGCAAUGGGAGCUGUACCGGACAGCCGCUAUGGAGUCAUCAUCUUUCUGUCAUUUGCUUCUUUGGACCAGCACGGUCUUUUCGAGAAUGUGGCCGAAGAAGACUGGUUGCCCACAUUCACCUAUGUGAACGAGUGGUCGUUUCAAUGGUGUGACUACGUUACGCGCACUACCGGCCGCCUGACCAAACUCAUCCGGGUGGUUGACGUAAUUGGAAUGACCAUGUCCAAAGUCAAUAACGAGGUCAGCAAACGUGACUCUGGGUCUAUGAAUGCUAUGGAGGAUUUCUAUCCACAGCUGUUGCAAGCCGUUUUCAUGUGCAAUGUACCCAUUUGGUUGCAGGUUCCUUGGCGGGUUCUCCGUCCCCUUUUCCCCGCAAGAAUCCUUGACAAAUUUGACUUUAUCAAUCCUGAAGCCAAUGAAAAGGAGCGAAAGCGCUUGACUCAGUACAUCUCGGAGGAAAACCUACCCAAGCGCUUUGGUGGAGGCUACGACAUUUGGCCAGUGGAGUACCACUGCCAAUCAGUAACAUCAUCACCGACGAAGUGGCCUGUUGAUUGUCAUUCUAGACCUACGCGGCACAACCAAACUAAGCAAUAAAACUCUUUUAUGUUUGUGAACAAUGGUUGGCCGUUCACCGCCCAGGGAACAGCUGAAGCAUGAAAGGGUACCGGUCGCUUCUUGCGGUAAGAGCCCAAAGCUUUCAUGUACCGGCCCUUGCGACUCUGCAAAGACCUACCGGUACUCUGCCGUACUGGUACGGUGCUUGUGACCCAAGGCAUCAACAUGUACAUUCAAGAUCCACCACAGCUAUCUUGCUAAUAUGGUACCCGGUACCAGACCGGUACAAGUCUGGUGUCGGUACCAGGUGGCCAAGUACGCUGAGAGACAGGUUCCAGGAAAGGGUGGCACCAAGACUGAGGAAGUGGUACCUGGUACCGGUACAGUCGUACCGAUGAAUGCAGUCACUA